AUGUACUCUCAAUUAUAAACAUUAGAUUUAUAUGAAGAUGAUGAUUACUAAAACCUUAUGAUGGAUUGUUAUUAGGAAAAUAAACCUAUUAUCUUGGAGAAUAAGAAGUAGGAAAAAAUGAUGAUUUUGAAAGAAAUAGGAGAAUUUCUUUUAUAUGAAGAUUAUUUACUUAAUUGUUAUUUAAAAUCUAAUAAGCCUACUGUAGAUAAUUUUUUUGACUCUUAAAUUUAGAUAUAUAAAUUAGAUAAACAAAAAUAAACAUUUGAGCCAUUCAAUAGAUAGAAAUUAUCAAUGAAAAAAUGUAUUAUUGUUUGAAAAUCUUUAGAUUUUACAAUCGGUAAUAAUACAUCCUUAAAAAAUAAUGAGUUAGAAAUCAAUGAAAUAGCAUUCAAUGAUGCUCAAGUAGAAUUGAUACAUCUUGAAGUAAAUUAUGAAGAUUUAUUAUUACCAAUAAAUAAUAAAAACAAUAUGAUGGAAUAAUUAAAUAAAAGAAUAAAUGAAAGUGAUUUCAACAUAUCAAGUAAAAUAAAAUAAAAAAUUGUAAGUUAAAGAAUAGCAGAUGAUGAUAAUCAACUAAAAGUUAAAAAUGCAAAAAAAUAAUAUUAGUAAUAUCCUAUGAUAGAUGUAAAUUCUUAUGCUGAAUAUUCAAAAUUGAAAUUAAAUAGAAAAUUUAAAUUAGGUGGUGGAGAUUGGAAUCGUAAUAUCUUAUAAAUUUUAGAAAUUAACAGCUGCUUUGAAAUCUUACCAAAAGAAUAAUCAAAUAUCAAUUAUUAAAUAAGAGGGACUAAUUAUAGUAUUGAAUAUCUUAAAAAUAAUUAAUAAGAAUAAGAAAUAAAGAUGAUUUUAUAAUCUCCAGCUAUCAAACUAAAAAAUGAUUUUGAUGAUUAUCAAUACAUUUUAAUUGCAAAUUAAAAAAAUGAAUUUAGUAUAGGAAGGUCUUCAUCUAAUGAUAUAUAAACUGAGGAUAAAAAUAUCUCUAGAAACCAUUGUUUAAUAAGAUACUUAUAGAAUUAAUAAUUUUUGGGAGAGUGGGAAAUUAUGGAUUUAUAAAGUGCUUAAGGAACUUGGUUGUUAAUGUAAGACGAUUCAUAUUACAAGAUUGAUAAUAUGACUAGAAUAAGAGUUGGAUCAAAUAUAGUAAAAUUAGAGUUUUUGAAUAAAGAAGAGAAUUAAUGUAAUAAUGAAUAAUAAGAAGACGAAAAUGAAAAUGAAGAAGAUUUGACUGAAAGUCUAUUGUAAUUAUGA